AUGGCUCCUCCAACACUCAAAACACCAAGCAAAGGCUCGAAGAAGAUGAUUAGCAAACAGUCGAAAGUGACUAGCAAAACGAGCGCUAGCAGCGAUAAAAAGACUAACAAACGUAAACGAAAAGAAACAUACUCAAUCUAUAUCUACAAAGUUUUGAAACAGGUUCAUCCUGAUACAGGUAUUUCUAGCAAGGCAAUGUCUAUAAUGAAUAGUUUUGUUAAUGAUAUUUUUGAACGUAUUGCGGCUGAAGCUUCACGUUUAGCUCAAUAUAACAAACGCCAAACAAUUUCGUCACGUGAAAUUCAAACUGCUGUUCGACUUUUAUUACCUGGUGAACUUGCCAAACACGCCGUUUCAGAAGGCACAAAGGCUGUUACAAAAUACACCAGUCAAAAGUGA